AUGGCAGCAAUCGCCCUCUCGAGCGGUCCAAAGUCACAUAUUCCCAACCCCUUCCAUAUGGUCUCUCUCCACUUUGGUAACACCAGGCGCGACCCGCCGCAGAAGGCCUUGCCUCGUACUCCAGAGCCCUCAUCGUCGUCGACAUACAUCUCUGCUCAAGAGAUGCCUGAGACCACACCAAUGACUUUCAAGCGACUCCGAUCAUCAUUAGAACAAAGUUUGAAGACCGCAACACGCUCCAGAGCGAAAGGACUGCCACCCAUUGAUGACUUUGCAACUGUCUCCGCGAAGGGUAAAGGCAAGGAGAAAGCGCCUGAAGAUCACGUUUCUGUGAAAGGGCAGGAGAAGGAUAAGAUUAUGUCUGGCAUGCUGAAACGACUGGAAUCAAGGGUAGGGCUGCGCAGAGCUGCACGGGUGUCGACAUCGACAUCGAUCCCCCUUGACGCAAGUCACACCAAUGCAAUUGGAGCGCCUGCUGGCAAUAACGCGGAUGUAGUCACCAAAUCACGCCAGGCUGGAUUCACGAGUUUUUCUACCCCGUCCCUGCGGCAGGCAUCUAUGUCUUCGCCUGCUCUCCAUCUCUCAUCCCAAAAUUUGCCGUCGGGUCCGUCGCAGCCUGCAGCAAUGGCACCACCAACAAGUGGCCCUAUCACACCUGCGCGCGAUCGCACGCGGCGCGCUAGUGUUCAGCCCAUUAAGUCCAAGGACAUUAGCAGUCCUCAGCCAUUAGCAUCGCGCCAUGACCACCGCAGUGGCGCUGCAACGCCUGACCACCCUAGUGCAGCCUCCCCUCGGUCAAGUAAACUCCGUCCAUCUCCAAUAUUCUCUACCCCAAGGGGACGUUCGUCAAUUGACACACCUAGGCGAAGCCAUGAUUUGCCAAGUCCGCCGAAUACCCCGACACCCCUGUCUGGCUCCCGAGGGCAGUUGGGCGACCUGUCCAGAACGCCCAUGGCUUCGAGUGCAACUCACCUGCCUAUUAGCAGCAGUCCACCUUCCUCUCCCACUCCAAGUCGUGCUGUGAGUCCUGCACACGCAAGGACGCCUCUGAAGCAAGUCAUGACUCCCGCAUCGUAUCAGGGGCUUACCUCUGCAUCUGCAUCUCAUCUUCCCUUGAACUCCUCCAGUCCACUACCGUCAUCAACUCCAGCCCGUAGGCCUUCUGUGGAUGCAUCAAGGAGACCCUCAGUAGAUGUGUCACGGAGAGGUUCUAUUGAUACCCCACAAAGGCCCUCUUUUGACACUUCCCGAAGACCAUCUGCAGAAGUGCCGCGAAAGGCGUCUGGCGAAUCCUCUCGGAGAGGCUCCAUUGACGUGCAUCGGCGACCCACGGCCUCCCCUGUGCCUCGAGCAUGUUCGCCUCAGUCAACCGUGCGUCCACGUGCUACAUCACCUUCUCAGCGCACGGCCGCAUACGCCCAGAAUCGACACUUUAAUCUCUCAACUACUUCCCUUAUCUCUCCUUCCACUCCAGAGCAGCGUGAAGUUAUCCGUGCUGCAACGUCGCUUCUGUGCAAAGAAUUACGGAAAGCACCACCGCAUCUUGCACGCAGUGAUGCGCAGAAGGAGUGGGCGGAAGUAGAGGUGCGCUUGCAGCCCUUAAUCAGGCUUGAACGCGUUUGGGGAAAGAGUGGCGGUGCCAGCGCCAGUUCUAGCCAUGUUGCCGUGGGCGGUGUUGGUUCUAUCGCACUCAGCUCUGCUGGAGAGGAAAGAGAGAGAAAGCUCUUUUGCGAGGCCCUUCGUGAUGGUGUUGUUCUUUGUCAGUUGAUGAACAAGCAUUGUUCUGGGACCAUAACUCGCAUCGACCACCGUGAAGAUGGUUUCAAGCACACAAGCAACAUCACCAGGUUCAUUGCAGCGUGCUCGCAACACGGUGUUCCUUCCGACGACAUCUUCUAUCGUGAUGAUCUCAUUCAGGCAACUCCAGAAACCCUUUGCCGUGUGGCACGUACCAUCAUUUCGUUGAUUAAACUUUUUGAAGACCCUAGCGUCGGUCGUGCCAAGGUCAUUACCGGUCAAGGCAGGAAAGGUGCCAUCAUAGCCUCAAGCAACGGUCCUUACUCUCCGGCGAUUUCUCGCGCCACUUCUUCCACACCGAAUCUGCUGCCGCGAUCGGUCUCUCCAACUUCUCCUUCCGGUCCGAUUCGCGGAAUGCGGAGUCCACAUGAACGUUUGCUUCCCCCAUUGCGGCCUGAUAGUCCAGAGUCGGGAACAUCUGCUGGGACAGCUAAGAGAGUCCCCGUCAGAGAUGGAAGCACACCACCCAGUAAUAGCGAUCAUGAAAUCGACGAGGUUCCCCCCAUUACGGGUCCAUCUCCGACCCCUAGAUCUCCCUUUCGUGCGCACUCUCGAAGUGGACUUCCAGAUGACAGUAGCAUCAGCCCCCUCUCCAGCCUCCAGCCACUUGACAUUCCCUUCCCUCAAGUUUCGACCUCGCAGGUGCCCAGUCCGUCGACGGCGGGCUAUGAUGCCGACUAUCCCCAACGACAGUCAAGAACAUCCAGCAAUCUCACUGAUAACACUGCCUUCUCCAGUAUCUUUGACAUUAGACGGGCAAGCAGCAGCAACCAAAAUAAGUUUGGCACUAUCAGGACUUUCACAACUGAGGCGACCUCUUGCUCUGAAGCGCCCUCAUUCACGCGAACGGAGGCAAGCUCGGUGGCAGCCUCCAUGGCAGAAGAAAUGAGUAGGAGACGGGGUGGUGGAGAACCUACACCUCGGUUGAGAGAGCGACACCCGAGCGAGCCAGGUGUACCUGAUUUGGUUAGCCUCGCAGAGGAGGAGGAGAACAGUGCCUGUGGGUCGAGUUCCAAUAACCACAGGAAGGAGAAUUUGCAGCCUAGAGAACCCUCGCGGGAGCGAGAAACAGAAGCGCAGGUUCGUGUGCGGCUCGGCAAAGGCAAAUGGCCCGAUGAUUUUCUUGACGCUUUCAAGACACAAGCUCCAAGCCCUUCUCGACCAAUCCCGAUUGCAACAUCGUCAAACCAUGUAGAUACGCCUCUUAGUUCCAGUUCUCUGUCAGUUUCUCCGGCCAGAAAACCUUCCAUUGUUGGGGUAUCACGACCCAAUGAUAGUACGGAAUCCACAGUCCGAAGGCCACCUCAUCGCUCAAGCCAUAGCGCGGAUGUCCUGAUGCCGAAGACUUCAGUGCUCCGUUUGGAUGCCAGCUCAGAGAAUUCACCAGGGUCCAAAGUUAUUCUGCGCCGUCAGAGUACACGGAAUGGUGCUCGCAGAAAUGGGGUCUAUUAUCCUCGGAAUAGCAUCGACGAUCCUGGGACUCCAAAAGAUGACGAUCCUCCUAUUGUCCCCUUCCCGCGUGCCGUGUCAGGGGAACAUGCUGCUCGUGCCACACCAUCUCCCGAUUCUACUGCCAGGGGCGGUGUCACAAAUAACCCCGAUGCUCCCCGUUUGCGUGGUCGAUUCCAGAGUGACGUUGAAGAUCACCGAGCUCGAAGAUGCAGUCGGCCGACUUCACAUGAGGAGUUGGGCAGACCGCGGAGGUCUCGAUACGAAAGCAUGGUCAAUCUGGGGGUGGCUUCUGCGAAUGUAAGUGCGAGUGACUUGAUGUCAAGGGACUCCGGGGACGGAAGCGCUGUACGGCAAACUGUAAUAGUCAAGGAAGAAGGGAAACAGGCGACUCACUUUCAACUUGGGAAUUGCAUCGGCCGCGGACAGUUCGGCACAGUGUAUCGGGCUCUGAAUUUGACAACCGGGCAAAUGGUAGCAGUCAAACGAAUCCGAUUAGAAGGCCUGAAAGAAGACGAAGUUGCACAGCUUAUGAGGGAGGUGGACUUGAUGAAAAGGCUUUCACAUCCAAGCAUUGUCAAGUAUGAAGGGAUGGCUCGAGAUGACCAAUAUCUCAAUAUCGUUCUGGAGUAUGCUGAAAGCGGCUCAUUGGGCCAGAUGCUGAAAGCCUUCGGCAAGUUGAACGAGCAUCUUGUGGCAAGCUACGUUGUCAAGAUUCUUGAGGGCUUGCAUUACUUGCAUUGUUGCGAUGUUGUCCACUGCGAUUUGAAAGCCGCCAAUAUUCUCACUACAAAGACGGGGAAUAUCAAGCUUUCGGAUUUCGGCGUUUCCCUGAACCUGAAGGCUAUAGAACGAGAGAAGGACGUUGCUGGCACACCGAACUGGAUGGCCCCAGAGGUCAUCGAGCUCAAAGGGGCUUCAACGAAGUCUGACAUUUGGUCGUUGGGAUGUACUGUUGUCGAACUUCUUACUGGGCGUCCGCCAUUUGGGGAUAUCACCAAUACCAUGACAGUGAUGUUCCGCAUUGUUGAGGAAGAGAUGCCAAUCCCUGAAGAAUGCUCGGAACCGUUGAAGGACUUCCUUCACCAAUGCUUCCAGAAGGAACCCUUGAUGCGACCUGACGCCGAGCAAUUGUGCGAACACCCCUGGUUGAAGAAAAAUUGGGAUGUUCUCAAGGAGCUUCGUCCCCAGGAUAGCAUACCUUUUCUCAGGCGUGUUAGCACUGAUCUCCAAAAGACUGACAUUGCAUACCUUGCGUCUAUGGAUGCAAAGAGAAUCGAUUCGCCCAUCUCGGUGGCCUCAGUUCAAGAGGAGCCAUCAAAAUCUCCAAGGCGCAGAUUAUCCAGUGGACCGACUUCGCCAAUUUCCCUUUCGGAGGAUACUCCAUUCACCCCUAGGGAUCACUCCUUUAUCAAGACCACCUUUGGGAAACCCAUGGUCUGCAGAGUCUGUAUGGGAAGUGUCAAAUGGAGUGCCGUCAUUUGCGACAAGUGUAAUCUCAUCACUCACUCAAAAUGUGCUCCUGAAGCUCCUCCCACAUGUGACCUCCGCUCUCAACUGUUGCUUUACGCACAAUACGCCGAACAAGGGACCUCCGCUGGUAUCUCACUCGAUGGAUUGAAUGGCCUGCAUCCUCCUCGUUUAUCAGCGACUAUUCCCUCUGAAGUCUCCUUCGUUACGCCUUCUCCACGACCAAGUUUGGAUGUUACGCCUUCAUCACAAUCGCCCUCACCUACUCCUCCCAACGCCUACAAGUUUAUGAACCCUUUCAAACGUUCUCGUUCUUCCUUGGCGACAGAGAAUAGGCAUCCCCCUUCCGCGUCGCCGUCACCGGUUCCUCAGCCUCUGUCUCACGAUGAUGUCGUUUCUAAACGAAAACUGUCUAAGCUCCCGUCGAAUAUGAUCUCCAAAGAACGACCUCAUUCCUUGUCAAGUAAUAGUACAGUGCCCAAUGCUGGUAGCAUGAGGACAGCUGACAGCCAGUCAAGCCGUCAAGAACCCCGUAAAUCGUUCCUGUCGAUAGUUGAGCCCGAUACCGAUACCAUUUCACAAGUUGGUCCGCCAGUUCCUGACAAGAUACCUUUCUAUGCCCAUGCUAUGACUGCUGUCAAUGAUCAUAUGGACACUUCAUCACGCCACAUUCCGGGCACAAUGCCCGCCGAACCAGACCGUCAAAGGAAAUGGGGAGCCGAGAAGUCAUCAGGAUGCACUGUUCAGUGA